AUGGCCUUGAAACCCGAGGACCCUAGUGGUGGUUUCCAGCACGACAAGGUGGUAGCUUUCAUCAAUGAGAAGAUGGCCGGGCACACAAAAGGCCCCGAGUUCUACCUCGAAAAUCUAUCCCUGUCCUGGGAGGAGGUGGAGAACAAGCUCAGGACCAUCCUGGAGGACACCACAGUGUCCAGCGAGGCCAAAGAGGCCUGUGCCUGGAGCAGCCUGGCCCUGGGCGUGCGCUUUGCCCACAAGCAGGGCCAGUUACAGGGGCGCAGGGUACACUGGCUCCAGGACUUCGCCAAACUGCAUAAGUCCGCCACACAGGCCUUGGCUUCAGACCUAAAGGAGCUCACAGCACAGCAAGAUAUGGAGCGCCAAGAGGCAGCCUUUCAGCUGCGGCAGACACAAGCCAACCUGACGGAGAUGCAGAAGGAACAGGAUCUCCUGAGGUGGAAGCUCCUCCGGGCUGAGCUGGGGUCUCCGCGGGAGCGGGAGCAGAGGGUCCAGGUCGCAGAGGAGCCAGGCCUGACCACUGCCAGUGGGGCUGGGACAGAAGGAGCAGGUGAGGAGGAAGAGGAGGCGGGGGCUGCUGCUACUUCUGCUACAACUGCUGACACCAUAAGAAGAGGAAGACGACGACAGAAGGACUCAGAAGGGUCAGAGGUCACAAAGAAACUGGGUAGAGGCCCCACACACAUUUUUGGAGCUGAGGAGCAGAAAAAUUACACCACUGGAAACCAGAUUAUUUCCAAGUUAGAAAUUGGAAAGAAUAGUUGCAAACCACAGACCAUCAAAGAAAAUGUCAGAACUGGCCCGGGAGGUAUGUCAGGGAGUGAUGGGAGGUGGGGAUUCCUGCAUCCCAAGAGUCUCCAGGACCUGGACAGGAAACUUGUUCGUGUUCUGAUCAAGUUGUAUCGCAAGAAACAAUCAAAACAGGCCUGA